UCUCUCUCUCUCUCUCUCUCUCUCUCUCUCUCUCCCUCUCUCUCUCCACAUUGGGAAAAAACAUGGAGUCAGCUCCGGCAGCCCCCGACCCCGCCGCCAGCGAGCCGGGCAGCAGCAGCGCGGACGCGGCCACCGGAGCCCGGGAGACCCCGCUGCAGCCCGAACCCGCACGCAAGAGCGAGCCGCCCGCCGCGCCGCGCCGCCAGAGCUACUCCAGCAGCGGCGGCCGAGGUCUAUCCAUGCCCAGGUCGGUUGAGAGGACUGAGAGAAGGGGGCAUGAUUCAGGGAUCUCAGUAACGAAGAAGACGCAUACAUCUCAAAUUGAAAUUAUUCCAUGCAAGAUCUGUGGAGACAAAUCAUCAGGAAUCCAUUAUGGUGUCAUUACAUGUGAAGGCUGCAAGGGCUUUUUCAGGAGAAGCCAGCAAAGCAACGCCACUUACUCCUGUCCCCGUCAGAAGAACUGUUUGAUUGACCGAACCAGUAGAAACCGCUGCCAGCACUGUAGAUUACAGAAAUGUCUUGCUGUGGGGAUGUCUCGAGAUGCUGUCAAAUUUGGUCGGAUGUCGAAAAAGCAGAGAGACAGCUUGUACGCAGAAGUGCAGAAGCAUCGGAUGCAGCAGCAGCAGCGGGACCACCAGCAGCAGCCCGGGGAGGCUGAGCCGCUCACACCCACCUACAACAUCUCGGCCAACGGGCUGACGGAACUUCACGACGACCUCAACAGCUACAUGGACGGACACACCCCUGAGGGCAGCAAGGCAGACUCGGCCGUCAGCAGCUUCUACCUGGACAUCCAGCCCUCCCCGGAUCAGUCGGGGCUGGAUAUCAACGGCAUCAAACCAGAACCUAUCUGCGACUACACACCAGCGUCUGGCUUCUUCCCCUACUGUUCUUUCACCAACGGAGAGACUUCCCCUACCGUGUCCAUGGCAGAACUAGAACACCUUGCACAGAAUAUUUCUAAAUCACACCUGGAAACUUGCCAAUACUUGAGAGAAGAGCUCCAGCAGAUAACGUGGCAGACCUUCCUACAGGAGGAAAUCGAGAACUAUCAAAACAAGCAGCGGGAAGUAAUGUGGCAGUUGUGUGCCAUCAAGAUCACAGAAGCUAUCCAGUACGUGGUGGAGUUUGCCAAACGCAUUGAUGGAUUUAUGGAACUGUGUCAAAACGAUCAGAUUGUGCUUCUCAAAGCAGGUUCUCUGGAAGUGGUGUUUAUCAGAAUGUGCCGUGCCUUUGAUUCUCAGAACAACACCGUGUACUUUGAUGGGAAAUAUGCUAGCCCUGAUGUCUUCAAAUCCUUAGGUUGUGAAGACUUUAUUAGCUUUGUAUUCGAAUUUGGAAAAAGUUUAUGUUCUAUGCACCUAACUGAAGAUGAGAUUGCAUUGUUUUCUGCAUUUGUACUAAUGUCAGCAGACCGUUCAUGGCUACAGGAAAAAGUAAAGAUUGAAAAACUGCAACAGAAAAUCCAGCUGGCUCUACAGCAUGUUCUACAGAAGAAUCACCGAGAAGACGGAAUUCUAACAAAGUUGAUAUGCAAGGUGUCUACACUAAGAGCCUUAUGCGGACGGCACACAGAAAAGCUCAUGGCAUUUAAAGCAAUAUACCCAGACAUUAUACGACUUCAUUUUCCUCCCUUAUACAAGGAGUUGUUCACUUCAGAAUUUGAGCCAGCGAUGCAAAUCGAUGGGUAGACGGGAGGGGAGAUCGCCACCCGGAGACACUUCCAGAAGGUCUGAAGUCACACACGAGGAGAAAAAUAAUAGUAAAUGAUAAUAAUAAUAAUAAUAACCACCACCACGACGACACAAAUUAACCGAGACACUUUCUGAGGCCCUGCGUGGCCCUGGAGCGCCAACACACUGCACAUCUCUUGGUGAUGGGGUCAGGCAAUGGAGGGGAGAACCCUGAAAACCAGUCCAGAGUUGAACUUGUUUUUCUCACGCAUAUGAUUUCCAUUCUGCCUACAGCUAUGGACCCUUUUCUGUCUUCAUGGCUCGACGGCUGGCCUCUGUUUACAGCAGGAGGAGGGGACGCGGAAUCAGUCAGUUGGAGGCUCGCCUUGUCUCAGAGCUCACUGCCCACGGACUUUCUGCAGGGUCUCUGAUGGGUCUUUUGCUCACAGCAGAGAGUCCAGCAAUAAUCGGUGACUGGUGUGUGCAGUGCAGGGGUGGGGGGAGGGCGGCGGCAUGACUUUGCACAACUGGCUCUUGGUCUCAUGAAGGAAGUUUGUUUUUUUUGUUGUUGUUUGUUUUUUUUUUUUCAUUUUUGUUUGAUUUAAUUUUUUUUUUCCUACCGAUUAUUGCCCGUCGGCAUGACAGAACAGGGAAAGGGUCCCUAUCACUCGCAACAAAUAGCAUUAUAAUAUAUUACAGGGUACAUGGGCAUGGAGACUAUAGAUAGCUAAAAAGAGAUAUUGUUUAUAUAUUGUUUUAAUUAAUAUAAACUGUAGUGACUGGUGUAGCUCUUCCUGUUGAAUUGAUAAGGCACUUUUCAUUUUGCACCUUUGUUUUUUGUUUCGUUUUCCGUUCUCCCUUUAAAUUAAACGCUCGGCGUGUGCACCAGAAACACAAGUUUAACUGAGGAGGCUUGGAAGGUACGUCAGGAGGUGUCGAUGCUGCUGUUUACAAAAAAUGUCUCUGAAACGAUUUUUUUUUUUUUUUUUUUUUUGGCUGGUCAUAUUCUAGAAAUCACACCGUUGGAUUAUCAUGGUUUGUUUUGACUCGACACAUGUAUUUGGAAUUCAAAACAGAACUCUUCCUAAGUUAUCCUUGGGCUUUUGUGGGUGGGUGGGGUAGGGGAAGGGAGAGAACGUCAGAGCCGAUGAUGUGUUUACGCUUCAUAUACAAAGGUGAAAGAUGGAUGGGGGCUGUGGACUUAGACCUCGAUGGUAUAUUGCUAAAUUAACUUUCUUUUUUUUUUUGGUACUGACUUUGAAAACACCACCUGCCAGAGGUAGAAGAAAUGAGACACACUUUAUACAGUUAGUUCAUUACUUGACAGACUCAGUCUCCACCCGAAUUCUUCUUUCUUUGAUAACCAUUCAAUAACCAGAAUCUUUCUUAGACUCUAGCUUGGAAUGACAAGCAGGACCCAAAGACAAACAUGAGGUGUUUACUGUGUGAAUGUUUAUAUUCUUGGUAGAAUCCAGAAGUCCGAAGAGUUUAUCUCAGAGUGAACUAGUUCUCCUGGAGCUGUGGUUCUAGAAAAGUCUCUAGGUUUCAUAGACAAUGAGUAGAUAUUCUUGGGGAGCAGAGAGUACUGAACCAGUUUUUCUUCCUUUUCUCAGAAAUACAUUCAGCCUCUAAAGUUAAGUGGAUCCUAGCUGCAGUUUCUUUUACAUUUUAUCAUCACUAGAAAACUGUGGACUGUAAUUUAUUUUUAUGAAAUGUCUAGAAGAUUGUUUGGGCUUUUGUGUUCAGGUCAGAAAUGACUGAGUUGUUUCCUGUUGGAUUUUGUGUUUCCUUUUGUUUUGCUUUGCUUUUUAAAGAUUUUUCCCAGUGUGGGGGUAGAGGGCUGGAAGGAUCUAAGGAGCAGUCAGUAUACAAGUGUUAGGUUUUUUAUUUUUCUUUUAAGGAGUGAAUUUAGAGGAUGAAGGCAUUUGGAGGGUGAUUUUUUAGUACCCCCUUGAGUGGGAUUCAGACUCUUGAGAUGACAUCACAGAAUGUGCUUCUUCAGAAGCAUUCUUUGGGGGAGGGGGGUGUUGUUCAGAUGCUCUAAAUUUGGGGUGGUUUUAUUAAAGCUUCCUUUCGCUGAGGGGAGAGUAUCUGCUGCUACCAGCUCCUUCCUGAAUGCCCUGCCCGAUUUGCCAGGUGGGCUUGCCAGAGCCCUGCACUCCUGCUUUUCGCUCCAUUGCCUGACUUGUUUCCUGAGAGACUUGGAAAAGGGGCAAGAUGUGUGUAUGAAGCCUAAAUAGCAUCUAAAGAUCUGUUCUUCGUUUUAUCAUUUUUUUAUUCAAAACUAUAGUAAGGAUUUAACCAUAAAUAGAAGAUGAAAGUAAUAUUUACUUAAAUUUGUUACAAGAGUGUAAGAUUUUAUUUGAGUGUUUAUAUAUGAGAGAAGUUAGCAAUCAGCAUAUAGUAUUUAUACUUGGGUAAGAAGGGUUCAUUCAAAAGUUUAAUUUAAAUAAGUAUAGUUCCUUUAAAGGUCAAUAGUAUUUAUGCUCUGAGAGGAGCACCAAGCUUAGUUCAGUUUAUUUAUUUGUUCAUUUUUCCCCUCCAUGUUUGUGGGUGGUUUUUUUUUUCCCCCUUUAGGGGAAAUGGUGUGUUUUGAUUUUGUUUUGUCAUGUCUUUCUUUCGGGGAGGGGGGUGUUCAGAUUCUCUAAAUUUGGGGUGGUUUUAUUAAAGUCUAUUAACUUCUCUUUUAACCAAAGCUUUCUGAAUAUGACCAGCCUCAGGUGCUAGUUAAAGAGUGACUAAACUGAAUUCCAGUGUCCGCUUGUGAAAGGCGAGUCUGAAGCGUCUCUAAGGGUGAGAGAGAAAACAGUGUCAGACUUAAAAUAAUAAUAAUAUUAAUUAAUUAAUUCAAAAAGAAACAAAUCCUUCUUUCCAGCAAGGGUUCUGCAUGGACCUCAUGCAAGGAAAACAAACAUACAAACAAACAAAAAGAAUGAUGUACCUAUCUGGGUCUCAGUCACACCUCAGUGACAUUGUUUUUUUGAGUAAACGGAGAGGCAUUGGCAUGAUGCUGCUAGGAGGUCUUUCUGAAAGAACAGCAGGAAGUGAGCUUUCAGGGUCAUGUACAUUGACACCCCCCCCCCAAGGUGAAAUGAGGGAACAGCUAUUAUUUGGAUCAAAGUUGAGAUCUGAAAUCAAAUGCAAUUGCAAUCUGAAGUCCAGAAAAGGGUAUGGGGGAGGGGUUGGGAGGGGAGCCACUUGCACCUUUAUUUUCUUCCUUAUUCUAGAAACACCUGUUUAAUAACACAAAAUAAUGAGUAAUGCCAGAACAAUAAUUCUUAAUAGUUUUUAUAGUGAGUUUCCUAAUCUUUAGUGUCCAAUAUUUUUUUGAUGAUUGGAAUCACAUCAUUGGUGCCCUAGCUGCUAUAAUACCUUAUAUGCCUUUUUUUUUUUUAACCUAGGGCAAAUAUGGCUUUUCUGUAAAAGAAUACUUUUAGUGACAAUGAUGUCCAAAUGUCAUAUGGUGAAGAAACUGGCCUUGGUCACAGUGAAAACAAAAGUACAGAUGAAAGUGUUUUGGAGGGAGGGGACCGUUUGCAAAUUGUGUUAAAGCUAUGUAUUUAAAAAAAAAUGUUUUCGUCAUCCUAAUUUCACCUUUCCUAACUUAUGACACUGCUUCUAAGUUUGGUUGUUCUUUAUAGUGGUAAUAUCUAGAUUUCUGUGAGCAUAGGGGGUGGGCAGAGGGUCAGGUGAGGAGAGAGAGAGAGAGAGAGAGAGUGUGUGUGUGUGUGUGUGAGAGAGAGAGAGAGACAAAGAGAAAGAGAGAGCUUCAUGUGUGUGAGGUAUGUGUAUCUGACCGCUUCUAAGCUACUAAGUGUCAAUGGAAAACAAAAAUGUAUUCAAAAUCAAAACUAAAAGAUGGAAAAAAAAUUUAUUCUAUACAAAGCCUUGUCUGGACCACUUUAGAGAGACUUCUAUUUUUUUAACCCUUCUAUAAAUAUUUGAUGGCACUUGAACUAUUCCUGCAAUAAAAUGUGAUUUGUGUAAAGAUUUAAAAAAAAAAAGAUUUUGUAAUGUGAAACAAAGAAAGAAAAGUAAUGUAAUUUUUCUAAAAAAGCAAAUACAAACAAACAAACUUUGUAUUAUUUUCUUGAUGGAAUUUGUCUACCUGUCUUUGGAAAACUUUUUAUUUCAUUGAAUGUGCCAUAGUCGAAAUCCGUGUCUUUUUUUAGUUGUAGGAUAAGGAAUAGCUGUUUGUGUUCCGACAUUCCAAAAUGCAAACCAACCUAAUAGACUCUUGUAAUGAAAAAAGGUUGACAACGUAGGACAUAGGACGUAAGCGUCUCUCAUUGUUGCUUUUUUUUGCACAUGUUUCUUCAUCCUCUCUAGUGCAAUAUGUACAUAGACACUUGCAGGUGUACCUUAAUCCCUCAGGGAAAAAAAUACAUAUUUCUACAGUUGUGUUUUGUUGUUGUUGUUGUUGUUGUUGCUGCUGUUGUUCUUGUUGUUUGCCUUUUGUUUUUGGCUAAGGAAUGUCGAUUGAAUCACUCUUUAUUGUUGAGGGGCAGCCAGAUAAUCCUCCUAAAGCCACUGUUUCAAAUACUGAUUGUCUAAAUCAUGUGUCCUUCCAGUGCUAUUAUUUUAAGGUGAUGAUGAUAAUAAUAAUAAUAAAGGUUAUUUUCUGACAGUUCUUUGUGCUGAUUGGUGAAAAAAAAAAGGGGUGAAUAAGCACCUUAUGAUUGACUUACUGUGAAUGACAAUCCAUCUUGAUUAUCAACAAUAGAAGCCCUAUCAUUUUGGAGUUGGGGUUAAGAGUCAGAAUCAAUGUGCUCAGGGAUCUUCUAAAACUCUUAAAACAGGGUGGCCAGUACUACUGGGACAAAAUUGUGUUGUUGUUUUUUUUAUCAUUAAUAAUAAUACUAUCUCUCCAAGGCACAAGUGAGCUGCAAAGCUGUGUGUGUAUGUGUGUGUAUGUAAACUCUCAACUAUCAUCUCACUGUGUUCAGUUUUGAAAUUUAAGUGCUCAUCUGUCUUAUGUGCUUAAGAACAAAAUAGAUCAUUGUGUUGACUUUCCAAAGCAGGGCUAAAUUAUCCCAGUGUGUUCAAAAGACCAGUCAAUAGGCAAAAUGCCAACCAAGAACAUCAAAGUGCUACGGACACUUCUUUUACCAUUUUCAUCUAUCACUAGAGUAUCCACGAUAGAGUUAAAUAAUAAUUUUUUAAAAGCUCUGUCAGCCUGGCUUAUCACUGUUAGUGAGAGAGGUAAAAGUUUAAAAAAAAAAAACAUAAUGCCAACUGAUAACUUAUUUUCACUAUAUUGACCUCUCAAACCAAACCACGAGAAAAAAAAAUCUUGUUGUAAAAACAAUUGUUUGAUUUCCACAUUUGUAGUUCAUAUCUUGAACAAAAGCUAAUGGUUUUUAGAGGGUUUUGUUUGUUUGUUUGAUUUUUGUUUUGUUUUGUUUUUUGUGCUAUGAAUCCACUGCUCCUCCUGGCCAUGUUUUCCAUUUUAUUUAUUGGAUAAGACAGAGAGAAAUUGAGACAGGAGGGAGAAACAGAAAGAGAGCAAGAAAGACCUGCUUUGCCGCUUGUGACGCAUCCCCCCUACAGGUCGGGAAUAGUGGCUCAAACCUCGAUCCUUGCAUAGGUUCUUGCACUCAGUACUACGUCCUCUUAACCAGGUGUGCCACCACCCAGUCCCCCUAAUGUUUAAAGAUGGACAAAGCCCACCUGUGUAACAGCAGUGUGGUCUAGCUUCUGGGGUGACAUCUUACAUUUUUUAGUUCCCCUAUUUCGAAACCAGUGGACCUUAAUAUAAUAGUUGGCUUUGAUUGUUUCACACUUGGAAAACACUUUCAGAAGAAGCUAUAGUAUUUUUCUUAUUCCAUAGAAGAGCAUGCUUUCCAUUUUUACUAAGUGAAAAAAAGAAGAAACCUUCGCCCUGUUGCUUCUUCAUACACACAGAGACACACACAGAUGUUAUUGGCCUUUCUACAAUACAUGUGAUUGCCACUUGUUUCUUAAAGAAGAUAGGACAUAGAAUCCCCUGAAAACAACUCCAUUCUGUGGAUCCGAUUAUAUGACUAGAUAAGCAAUUGGCAACAGGCAGCCUUAGUCUGCUGUUGAUCAUCUAUGAAACAUGUCUUCAUCCUAUUCCUAGACACCAGUAUUACUAAAGACAGUCCACCUGAUUUGAUUAAAAAGAUCUUCUUAUCAUUUAUUUCUAAGAGAUGAGAAGGCUGUGAGAGAUAAUCAAUUUUUUUUUUUUAAAGCAAUCGGUCUCACUUCUGGGUCUGCUUGCUUGUUUGUCAGUUUUCAGUGAGAUCAUUGUUGUCAGGCCCUGGGGACAAUUCUAGAAUGCAUCCAGAUCCCUGACUUCAUAGCAGGGAAACACUGUAGAUAGGAAAGAGCUCCAUGUUUAUUGACCAGACCCUUAGAAUUAUAGAGCAAUAACUAUAUUCAGUCAUUCGCUUAUUCCUAAAUGAAUGACAGAAUACUCAACCCAAAUAGAAACAUUUCUUUAGCAAUGCAACAGAACAUGGAGUCUUGUGUUCAGAAAGUGAGUAUGAGUACUUAAAAUAGAUGCUAAGUGAACCCACCUUUGCUGUUUAUAUGUUGUGUGUUUGCCACAUUAGCACGAUGACACUUCUUUUUCUCUUUCUCCUUUGAAGAAUUAAUGGAAGACAGCUUGCUAAUCGCUCCGGCAUGCUGCACAUGCCAUUACGUUGUUCUUUAAGAACAACUAACUUCUCUCCUGUGUUUGUGUGUGAUUCUUCUGUCACUUAUUGCUUUCAUGUGUUUGAGAACUAUUUCUAGAAACGUAGUGAUCAUUGAACAGACUGCAUAUGUGAGUGCAUAUUCUGCUUGAGCAAUAUAGUGAAUACAAUUUCACACAUGCACACACAUGAAUGAAUCUCUGUGUACUAUACACAUCUUCCCAAAUCCAAAAGUCUCUUAUCCACAAUAGUUUGAAAUCUCAUCAACAACAGUGGUGACUUUUUUUUUAAAACAUUAGGACAUUAGCUGGCUGCUGCUUCAAAUGUACCUGUUGUGUCUGCCUGCUCCUUUUGUGGAGACGUGUUUUUGUAUUGGAUGUUUGGGCCAAUGGGAGGCUUCAAGCUACAACAUAUUUUCCCAGUUUAAAUGUAUUUAACAUAUGACGAACCCCAGACAAGGCUUUUAAUAUGUAUAAAGAACUGCAGUGUGAGGUGGUUUACUUGCAAACUGUUUUCAAUGUUGUCCAUUUUUAUGGCACCUUUAACAAUAUUCUUGUUUCCAAAGUACAAAUGAAAUAGGUUAAAUAAUCUAGCCAUAACUGAAUGUCAAGCAAUAAAACAAAUGACUUUUGUGCAUAGACUUAAAAAAAAAAGAUACAAAUUUUAGACAUCUGCAUGUAAAUGCAAUCUCUUGUUUACUGCUUUCUUCAACUUGAGCAAUUGAUUCCUUAUUUACUAUUAACUUAAGAACUUGUAAUGGCCUGUAAACAUUUUUCUCUCUUACUCUUCUUUCAAACUUAACCUUCGUCCCUGCUUUUGAGUCAUAAUACUUAAUGUUGUUCUGCACAUCUCUAUACAGUUAACUUUUUGGCUUUCAUUCUGUAUAGAUAAGAAAAAUGUUAUAUUAUAAACAGCCUACUCAGUGCAAAUAUUUAUCUGUUUAUCAACUCCACAAUAUGCUGUAUAAUACUGGUUUUACUAUAUAAUCUAUUUUAGACAUAGCUGUUUAGAACUAGAGUGUGCUAUUUUUGUGUUUUUCUGAUGUGUGGUGCUAGAUAAGUUACUUUUGUGAACAACAACAAAAAAAAAAGAAUUCCCUUUUAUUCCUAGACAAUACCACCUUUGGGUCUUGUUAAUUUCACUGAGUAUAAAUAUAUAUUUGUAUAUAUAUACAUAUAUAUCUAUCUAUCUAUCAAUGCCCGACUGGCAGCUGUAUCAGAGUGCUAGAUUUGGGACAUGCUUUUCUCUUUAAAUACAUAAAGUCAUUAUAUAAAUUAUUCUAGAGCAUAUUUAAUUAGGAUAAAAUUACGUCCUUAGUAUGGAUAUUUGACAUCUGUAGGGUCAAUUUGUUCAUAAAUAAAUGUGGAGUCAUGAAAACUUAUUAGCAUUUACUUUAUAUUUGCUAUCUGGCUCUAUACCAAAUCUCCUGAACUACAAAAAGCCUCCAAGGUUCUAAAGAAAGCAAAAUAAAGAAAGAAAACUCUAGCUUAGUGAAGUAUUUCUUUUUUUCUUCUCCUCCUUCUCCCCCUCCUCCUCCUCCUCCUCCUCCUCCUCCUUCCCCACAAAGGAAUAAAAUGAUUGGCAUCUGACAGAGUGUUGUACCUAGUUCCUAUUACAGAAAAUGGGCAUUUUGAUAAGACACCUUUGGUGGCUAGAGAGCAGAAUUACCUUCUCCCCUCUUACCUGAGUCAUGAAAAGUAUGGAUGUCUCCACUGUCAUGGUAAAAUUGUAGCCAUAAAGCAAAUAUGAGAAGGGUUCUCCCGUUUCAAUAUGGCCUCCACCAGUUCUAUGAACUGAGUAUAGAGCCUUCAUUUAAAAAAAAAAAAUUAGUCAUGAACUUAGCCAAACUCAUCUUUCUUCCCAAGACCUAUUGUCAUUCAUAAAAGCAGAAGAAUAUCAAAUAUCUAACUAAGGGUGUAGUUAACCUUAUUAAAUAUUGAUUAGAAUUGUUCUGUAACAUUACUGAAUUUAUAAGAUCUUUAGCAAAGAUUUUUUGAACGAUUUAUAAAUAUAGAGCAAAUGUUUCUGUUUAUUGCACUUUUUGUAAUAGAAGGUGAUAAAAUUCUCAAGCCAUGGCUCUUGGCUUCCAUGCACUGCAUAGUCACCCACAAUCCUAGACAUUUUCCAUAUUUAUGGAAGAGUUGCUGUUCCCUUAACUACAAAUGCAAUGGCGUGGCUCACAGAGAGCCAGUCUAAUUGUUAACCCUCUAGAGUCAUUGGCUACCUUUUAAGGAGAAGUUGCAUCACUCCUUAUUAGUUUGCUUAGCACCAUUCAAUAUCCUGAGCUUCCUAAGGGCAGAGAUUGUAUCUCUUCUGCAUCCACACAAUGACCUGCACAUACCAGUGUUUGAUCAUUUUGUGGAAUGACAAGUGUCCCAAAUCAAAACUUUUCUCCUGGGUUGUUUAUGGUAAAUUGAAAAAGGGAAUGCCAAGCCUUAUGGUUAACACUUUAUCCUACCACCAACCAACUAUUAAAGUCUUUAAGAAGAUCCCAUGAAAUGUUGAUUCUGUGUGUAGGUCUUGAAGAUUAAGCACACAAAUUUAAAAAACAAACAAACAAAAAACUCUUGUGAGUAACAAGCUCAGCCUUCUGUAAAUAAACAUGCAAGUUUGGAAACAGUAAUACUGUACCUAUAAAUAUUUGCUGUCUGUGUACAGUAUGUAAAAAAGAAAAAAAAAACUACUUUUCUGUCACACUAAAAAAAAAAUGCAAGCCAUUUACAAGAAGCCUAAAAAAAAAAAAAGAGUAUUGUACUAAAACUUUGCUAAUGAUCUUUAUUAGCAGAUCACCCAACUUUUCACUUACAUUGGAUUUUCUUUUCAAUUCUCUCUUAACAGUAGUCUGCUUAUCUCCAGCUGUUUGUUAUUUUACCGAGUCCUGAAUUAAAAAAAAAAUAUUUUGAUUCAUUUUGUAAAUACAAACUGUAAAAAAGAGAGAUUUAAUGUUGUCUUUUAAAUACUCCAAUUUUCAUUCUAAUAUGAAUGUUGUUAUAUUGUACUUAGCAAUUGUACCUUUAAUAUUACAUUACCUUUAUUAAAAGUGCAUCGAACACAUCAAUUUUAGAUGUGCUUUAUGUGCUGUUAUCCUAUAAUAAAACUUCAGCUUCUAAUCGAA